CCGUGAGAGGUAACACGAAAAUCUGUGUCUUCGUCGUCGUUCGUCCCCCCUUCCAAACCCUAAAAAGUAACGAGUUCUAUUCUUUGCCUUGUUCCAGAACUCUCUCAAACUUUCUCCGAUCUACCGAUUCUGCCCUUCUACACUCUUCACUACCGCUCAACUUCCCUUCCAUUUCAACCCUUCUCCCUGGUUUUAUUGCAUGAUCGAUUGCUCAACCUUUUCCUUGUUUAAAAUUUCCCUCAUUCUGAUUUUUAGGGUUUCUUUUACUUGACCGCGAAGAAUUGACUUGAAUAGAAGAAGAGGAAGGUGCUUGAGAUUUUUGUCUUUUUCUUUGUUCUGAUCUGGAGAAGUACCUCAGUGCGAAUCCAUGUUAGAGAUGUUUUGCCCUGAUGCUCAUUGAUGUUUUCCUUGAAUUUGGCUUCAAAUUUUCAGUUGAUGAUGAUAUAUGUUUCAUGAAUCGAUAGCUUAUGGAUCCUGAAGGCAAAAAUUUUGGAAGAGGACCAAAGGAACUUACUGGUGCUGUUGAUCUUAUAAGCCAUUAUAAGCUGUUGCCUCACCAUGACUUCUUCUGCAAGAGACCUCUUCCUUUGUCCAUUUCAGACACACACUAUCUUCAUCAUGUGGUGGGAGACAUUGAAAUUAGAAAAGGAGAAAGGAUGCAGUUGGACCAGCUUAUUCAGAAUGCAUCUCAUAACAGAGAAGCUAAUACCUACAUUCAGCCUUUUGAUCUAGAUAUUCUUAAGGAGGCUUUCCUCCUGAGAGAAACUACUCCUGUUGAAUUGUCAGCCAAUGAAAAAGGGAUUCCUACCAUUGCUGGAAAAUCAAAGAGUGAAGCCAAAGAUAAAGAGAGGAAGCAUAAAAAGCACAAAGACAGAGAUAAGGAGAAGGAUAAAGAGCAUAAGAAGCACAAGCACCGUCAUAAAGAUAAAGAUCGAAAUUAAGAAAAAGACAAGGAAAAAAAGAAAGAUAGAAGUGGGCAUCAUGAUUCUGGUGCUUAUCAAUCAAAAAAGUACCAUGAAAAGCACAAAAGCUCAAAAAUUGAUGAAGUAGGUGCAAUCAAAGUCACAGGCUAAAGCGGUGGCAUUCUAUGGUUCAUUUGUUGUCUCAGAUGGUUUUGGAAGUGUGAAAGGGUUUGCUUAACGUUCUCAACAUCGGUUGAGAGUAGCUUGUAAACUGACUAAAGAAUGUUUAGAAGGUGAUUCACACAUUGAUGGAAGGUAUAGGUUGCUGAAAAUGGACACCUUUAUUCCUGUGUAUCAUAAAACAGUGCACUAAAGUGGUAGC